GUUCUGUGAAAAUGAUCUACAUGAGGAAGCUGAAGAACAUUUUGGAACGCAUCAACAUCAGGCGUUGGAUUGGCCAAAAGGCCAUCAUCAAAGUGGAGUGGCUGACCAGUUGUCGACCAUGGAAGGAAUGGUUUGACCAUCAUCUUCCUGUGACCUUCCGGGGCGGGAUGAAAGUGGAUGAAAGCGCCCAUCAUUGCUACUUGUUUAUGCUGAGGAAAGAUUGCCCGCGCAACCUGGUGAUCAAGUGCGACAACCAGACUGGUACGCAUUUGGAACCCCAUGAGCUGGAUGUUAUUGUGACGGUAAAGACGAAUGCUGCUGACGACUUUCUGUGCCAGGAAGCCAUUUUGGCCAUGCCCUACCAGUUCAUGGAGCCUAUCGUGAACAGCGCGCCCACCGCACCUCGGAAUCUCAAAAGGGUACAACCUGCAAAGGCAAAGAAGUACCUCGAGUUCGCUCAAGUGCUGUUGCGUCGUUUCCCUUCCGACACAAGCGGACGGGCAAUUCAAUUUUUUGUUGAUUUGGUGAAGUGCACUGAUCCUGGGCCAUUGUUCCCUUUGCCAUUUUACACAACGGCUGGGGCCGUUGAGAGGAUUGAAAUUAGUAGGCCCACUGCACUUGGCAGAAUUGUCCCAGCAAUGGUAUUCCAAGCAAGGAUUGGCCGGUGA